AUGAAUUUAGAAACCUUACUAGACUAAACUCAUCGUAAUACUAGAAGAGGCAUAGUGUUCUAACAUACAAGGAAGACCUUUACAAUCAAACCAGAUUCACCUAAAACUCGAGAAGCAUGUUUGGCUUUGGGUUAUGAUCCAAAUAUAUUUUAAUUCAAGUAUCAGUUGAACAUUUAAAUAUUAAGACAAUUAGAAGAUUUUGCUGAACCUGGGAUAUCUGAAAAUGUUUAAAAGAUGCGAUUCGAACACUAUAUGAAAAAGACGGAAGGUAAAACUGAAAUAGAUUCUAGGUGCGUUGAAGGAGAUUAGUAAAAUGAGAAAGAUCAUAAUAAAGAAAUAAAAAAAUAUUACUAAUUUGCAUUUAGAAAAGAGUUUCCAGAGAGAUGAAGAGUACCUAUUUCAUUUAACAAAAGAUUGGUUAAUGAUUUAAUUGAAACUUACAAUAAGAAAAUGAAUAGUAUUGAUAAAGAAGAUAAAGAUGCUUCAUAUUUAUCAUUUGAUGAAGAUGAUCCAAUAUUAGUAUUAGAAUAAUAGUUGGAAAAAGAAAUUGAUAAAUAUAAGAAAUCAUUAUAAAUUAAGGCUAAAGAGGUUUAACAUUAAUUAGAUAAUGAAAAAAGAAGAUAAAAACUACAUCAUGAUAUGAUUGAAAGAGAGAAGAAAAUUGAAGAAUUAAAAUUAAAAAUUUCUUUAUAGAAAGCAAAAAAGAAAAAAGAAAUGAAAUAAGCUUCUUAAAAGAAAGUUAAUGAAAUAAAAUAAAAAGAAAGAGAAAAAUAAAUCAAAUUGCUUGAAGAUAGAAAAAAGUAAGCAGAAAAAUAAGAAAAGAUGUAAAUUAUUAAAUAAUACUAGACGAAAGAAAUUAGAAUAAGAUGAAAUUUCACAUAAAAAAGAAUUAGAAGAUUAAGAGAAGAAAUAUUAAGAAAGAAGAUUAUAAAUAUAAUUAAGGAAAAAUUUACAAGAUAAAUAAUAUAAUUAGUAAAUGGCAUAAACAAUGACAUAAAUUUAAUAAAAAUGGGCAGAAACAUCAUUAAAUAAAGAAAAAUAAAUAUGGGAAUCUAAAUUAGAACGUCUUACUCUUAGAAGUUCUUUGCAUGAAGAAAAAUUAAAAUAAUAUAAAUUAAGAACUAUGUAAAAAGAAGAAUCUUUAGUUUAAUCUAUUGUUUAAAAAUUAGCAAGUAAAGAAGAAGAUCUUAAAGGUAUUUUUAUUUUAUUUAUAUAGCCUUAAAAUAAUCAAAAGAAAGAGAAGAAUAAAAUAAACUUAAAGAUGAAAAAUUAAGAAGAAAAAAAAUUGAAAAAAGUCUUAAAAAUAUUAAAUCUUAAUAAUUUGAUAGAGUAGAUAGUCUUUAAAAGAAGUUUUAGCUACUUGAAGAUUAUAGUUUGAAAAGAAAAGAAGAUUUAGAUUACUAAAAAUCAUUAAAAUAAGAAAGAAUGAAAUUAAAAUAAUAAGAUUUAAUUGAAAAUUAUUAAAGAUAAGAAAGAUUAAAGGAUUUGAGAUUUAAAUCAUUAAUUAAAUCAUCUUAAUAAUUAAAUGAACAAAAAUCUUUAGAAAAAAUUUCGAAUGAAUUAAUUCGAAAAGCUCAAUAAGAACUUUAGAGAAAAUUGAAAAAGGAUUCUGAAAAUCUUGAUUAAAGUCUUGUAAAUGUAAGUUAAGCUGAUGAAAAAGUGUUAAAGUAAAAUAUUAAUUUAUUUAUAAUAGCUAAAGAGUUAGUCAACUUGAAAAAAGCUUAUCAAGUCUUAAAUAAAGUUCUAAGAUCAUACACUGA